ACGGAAGAAAAUAUUGAAACAGUAGACACUGAAUUGGCGAGUUGUUGGGGAAAUGCAAUAGAAGUUAUUAUGUUCAUCAAAAGAACAGUAGUGACUUAUUAUUUUCCCACAAAAAGUAUUAAAGCAGUAUUUGAUUAGAAAAUGCAAGAUAUUUUGAAAGAUUCAGUUGAUGGUAAGCCACCAACAGAUGAAGAUAAUAUUUCGGACUCGAACCAAAAGAAUCCUAAGCUAAAUGAAGUAGAGAGAGAGAGUGCUGAUGAUUCUGAGGACGACAGCGAAAUUUUAGAGGAAAGCCCUUGCGGCCGUUGGCUAAAGCGACGAGAAGAAGUUCAGCAGAGAGAUAUUCCUGGUAUUGAUGCCGCUUACCUAGCCAUGGACACUGAAGAAGGGGUAGAAGUUGUAUGGAAUGAAGUGAAAUUCUCAGAAAGGAAACAUUUUAGAUUGCAAGAGGAAAAAGUUCGUCAAGUUUUUGACAAUCUUACGCAAUUGGAACACCCAAAUAUUGUGAAGUUUCACCGUUACUGGAUGGAUAAAGAUGUAGAAAAACCACGAGUAAUUUUCAUAACAGAAUACAUGUCGAGUGGGUCUUUGAAACAGUUACUAAAGAAAACAAAAUGGAAUGUCAUUAAGUUACCUUUGCAGGCAUGGAAACGAUGGUGUAUGCAGAUACUGUCAGCACUGAGAUACCUCCACUCCUGCACACCUCCUAUUAUUCAUGGUAACUUGACUUGUGACACAAUUUUCAUCCAGCAUAAUGGCUUAGUAAAAAUUGGAUCUGUUGCUCCAGAUGCCAUUCACUAUCAUGUGAAGACUUGUCGACAGGACAUUGCUAACACACAUUAUAUUGCUCCAGAAUAUGGCAUGUCUAAUGCAACACCUCUGACUCCAGCAGUAGAUAUCUUUUCUUUUGGCAUAUGUGCUUUAGAGAUGGCAGCUUUAGAAAUACCUAGAAAUGGAGAGCAGAUCUCAUCAGAGGUUGUGAAUAAAACCUUGGAAUCUGUGGACAACAGUUUACAGAGAGAUUUUAUCAGAUGCUGUCUGAAUAAAAAUCCCAAUCUCCGCCCAACUGCAAGAGAACUCCUCUUUCAUCCAGUGAUUUUUGAAGUACAUUCUCUUUCUCUUCUCUGUGCUCAUGUCAUUGUUAACCAUGCAUCUUUUCAGCCUGAUCAACUCACUGAUGAAGCAAUACAAUCUAGAUGGGGUCAAAAUGAUAUAAUUGCUAAGAUCGCCCAUGAGGAUGGGCACCCUGGAGUCACUAUCAAACGAAGCAAUACUCCCAGACUGGAACUUCAAAAAUUUCUUGAAGAUGUAAGGGAUGGAAUAUAUCCUCUGACAGCCUUUGCAAUGAUGCACACUCCAACUGUUAAAACAAGACCAGUGUCUCCUGAGGUUAGAGAAGUUACUAAGUCUUCGUCACCAGAGUAUAGUGAUGUGGAAACUCGGCGAAUUGUUAACAUGAUAUGUAACAUAAAACCUCAAGAAACUGGACAAAACCUUGUAAUGAUGAUAGUGUUAAGAAUGGAUGAUAAUAUGAACAGGCAACUUUCUUGUGAAGUCAAUGAAAAUGACACUCCAACUGCUCUUGCAGAUGAGCUUGUCCAGUAUGGUUUCAUUAACCAGGAAGAUCAUGAUCUAGUGGCAUCCUUGAUUAAAGAAACUUUCAGUCGAUGCCAGUUGCCAAACACAGUAUUCACAACAGUUCCAGCUGUUUCUCCACUAUUGUGACUAUCUUGAUGGACUUAUUUUUUUGUAUGUUGGUGUGGCUUGGAUAGACUGAUAUAGUUUGGUACAAUUAAUCAACUUUGUUUUUAACUGAUUUUCAGUGAAUGUACAGUAUGGUGUCUACAUAACCUAAGAUAUUUGUAAAUGUCAUGAAACUUUUGACUUGAAGAUUAUUUGUACAAAAAAAAAAUUUUUACAAGAAACAUGCACACUGUAAUAUAUAAAAAUCUAUGUUGUACAGAUUAAGAACUAAUCUUUUACAUUUUGUGAGAUUUCAUUCUAGCUGGGCAUUUUCUUUGGAUUGUGAAUAAAUGGCUAUUCAGUCUAGCAGCUAUUCUUGUAAAGAGUUGUCUUUGGGGAGAAUACCUAACCCAUCUGUAAGAAAAAUUUGGGUUGUACUGUGGUUUAGGGACAUCGUUGGAGGGACACACCAGGAUAAAUGUAGAUGUCUAGAGUGGUGCAAUUUUUAGAAAUUCAUGUAUUUUACACAUAUAGCAAAAUAAAUAAAUUUUGUACCUUACAAGUGAAGGUUAUGGAGAAAAUGACAACUGCAAGAAACUGAGAUUAUGCUUAACAUGUUUGUCAUAGUAACAACUUUGUGAAAUACCUUAAAAGUUCUAAAUGUGAAUGUGUUACAUAACUGUAUUUUAGACAAUGCUACUUUUCAGUAAGCUGUAUGGCUACUAAGUCAUAUGUACUGACUGUAAACAUCUGCAUCACCUCUUGUUUGGCAUAAUGAUAACCAUACAAAUAAAAAUGAUAAUGUUUUAAAAACAUAGUAAUACCAAUAAUAGUUAUAAUAACUUAGAAUGUAUAAUAGAAAAACUAUAUAGAAAACAGAGUGAGAUACACCCAAGAAAAAAAUGCUAGUGAUUGAGAUCUCAUAGCAAGGUGUUGAAGGAGUGUUUGAGCUAGUCAAUAUACAUAGAACCAUUUUUCUUGGACUUUGUAUUGAUAUUUUAAUAGAUGUAUUGUUGAACAAAAUGUGAUAUUUUUACAACUUUAGCUAGCAUACUGUAACUGUAAUCCAGGAAAAUAUAAACCAAAGUUCUUUUUUACAGUACAACAAACUUCUUUGAAUUCUAAUAUUGUCUUUAUGACUAUAGUGAGAAUGUUGGAAAAUCAGAAGAGAUUCCAGCAUCCUCACUAUGGUUACAAGGAACUAAGUUUUUAUUACUGGUAAAUGAUGAUUAGCGUAACACUUUUUGUGACAGUUAAGGAAUUGGAAUAUGAUUUGUAAAAUAAGUUCACCAUCCUCAUUUGUUUUGAUAACAUUUUCUAGGGCACCAUGCUAAACACAGUUUCUUGUCAACUUUCAAAGUGUGUAUGAAUGACUUAGUUUCUUGUAAUGAAGUCAUUCUUAGUUCUGUGUUGCUGACUUAUUCAGUUAUUUUAACAAGGCAUAUUCAUCCUUUCUCUUCUUUCAUUGAAAUUUUAACUUCAGAGAGCUUGACUCCAUGCCAGAAAGUAAAUAUGUUUACACGCAUACAGUAUUUUCUAGAUACUUAUGCUUAACUGAUGCCUUUAAUUAAAGAUCUGGUUUGUGUCAAGCCAGAAGUCUGGCUAAUAUGAGAAAUACAUAUACUAUCAAUUCAGUCAAUUUAGUGGUACUCCAGUGUUUUAAAAUCUUUUUAAUCCUAAGAUACAGAUGACUGUUAUCCAUUAUAUAAACGUUGUAUUACUAAACCCUAUAUGGACUGAUGAGCACCUUUCAGGUAUCUACUGUACAUCUGUUUAUAAUAUUUAAAUAGAAUUGAUAAUUCUAACUCUAUUUCAACAAUUUUUAACAACAAAAUAUUUU